AUGCAGAACGAAGCUGGUGAAUCGAUUGAUAUUUACAUCCCCCGCAAAUGUUCGUGGACCAACCGUAUUCUUGCAGCCAAGGACAAUGCAUCGGUGCAGAUCAAUGUCGGUCGCGUGAAUGCUGAUGGCGUCUUCACGGGCGAGUCGGACACCUUUGCUCUGGCUGGAUACAUUCGUCACCACGGUGAGGGUGACAUUGCCCUGACCGAGCUGGUCUCACAGGCGGAUGCCAAGAACUAA